AUGACGGAUACAGUUGUCGCGGAGGGACAAGUAAAGUUUAGAGAUGGAAAAAAGUGGAAGACUCGGUGUGUCGUCCUUCGGAAGCCUUCUCCGGUCGCAGACUGCCUGUCUCUGCUGGUGUAUAAGGAGAGGAAGAAAGGGAAGGAGAAGGGCAGCGGCCACAAGGAGAGACUCAAUGUAACACUGGAGGGGAUCUGUGGCGUGGAGCCGGGGCCUGGGUACGAUGGGGUAUCCUACACCCUCUCCAUCCUCUGUCUGGCACACACGCUGGUCCUGGGCUUCAGCAGCCGAGAUGCCCUGCUGGCCUGGGAUGCUCACGUCCGCUACAGCCUGGGAGAAGUCCACAGGUUUAGUGUCAAUGUUGAGCCAGGUACCAAACUAGAAAGCGGCCCUGCCUCCCUCCACCUGUGCAACAACCUGUUGGUCCUGACCAGAGGCGUCCCACCUGUCGUCAUUGGCCACUGGAAGUUGUCUGCGUUGCGUCGAUAUGGUGCCGUGCCAAAUGGCUUCGUGUUCGAGGGGGGGACUCGCUGCGGAUUCUGGGCUGGUGUUUUCUUCCUGUCCUGUCCCGAAGGAGAGCAGAUCAGUUUCCUGUUUGACUGCGUUGUCAGGGGCGUCACCUCCAGCAGGACGCCGCAUGGCCUGCGACCGGCCCUGCCAGAUCCCAACGCUGAUCCAGUGUCAGCAGAGCAACGCAUCAGCCAAGAGGCAUCAGAGCUGGAGAAGAGACUCAGCAUGUUGUCUCAAAGCAGCCUCGCAAGCAGCACAGCUUCCACUUACAGCUGUAGCACAUCUGUUGCCGGGGACGACCAAAGCAGCAUCUCCAGCUCCUCCUCCAGUCAAUCGGAGGCAAGCUAUGGAAGCAGACUUCCGUUUUGGGUGGAGCCGUUGGCUAAACUGCACCUCCCCAACGAGACAGCCUCGAGCUCCUCCACACUGAAGGCUUUGACCAGUUCAGAUGACCUGCUCUAUGCUGCUGUGAUGGGAAGCUCGGGGACUCGUCCGUCCUCCGCCCAGCUGCAUCCUCGUGGUCUCCAUGACAGCGGGCGGCAGAGCUCUUUAGACAGUGGGAUUGGGAUAGCGACAGGCAGUCAGUCGUCUUACUCAGGGAGCUUCUCCUCAUAUACUGGGAGUCUGGAUAUGGCCAGCCAGGGAGGGGAGGGGGAGUUUGGCUCUGUGGCCAGCCUACCUGCUCUGCAAACUCCUCCUUCUUCACCUCCUGCUAGGCACAGUGGAGAGUAUCAAAUUCCCAGCCUGCUAAGACUGCAGUACGACACCCCUAGGAGUCUGCUCAAGACCCUGUCCCUAGGGGAACCAUCCAACCAUGAAGACCCCCCCGAGCUGGGCAGGUACAGCAGGGUCAGUGGGGAUGGAAGGGGUAGUCAUGGACAAAGAUUAAGCAACAUCCCCACAGGACCCAGGACUCAGCAUCAGGCCACGAUGCGCUGCUCGAACUCCCGGGGCAGUGAGAGGGCGCCCUCUGUGGACAUGCAGUUAUGGUUUGGACAACUACGUUACACCAGAGCAGUGGCGGUCAGCGAGGAACAGAUGCUUGACUCAGCCCUGGACACUCGGCUCCAUAACGACCGCCUGAUUAAUUAUGUUAACAUACCCAUUAGCGCCCUACCAGCUACAACUCAGGGAGAGCUCCUCUACACAGAGCCCAUCUCAGCUUCCAGUCUGUACAGUGCUGUCAGAGCAGAAGCGGGCUCCAUCAAGUACGCCCACCUCGACAUCACUGCCAUGGAAACAGCUCGGAGAGUGGGGGCGGAGCAUGUUCAGGGCAGAGAGCACAGGCUGACUCAGCUGGAGAGCAGGCGGUGAGGGCCACCAAACUGACUCUGCAAUAC